CGGCGGGAAGCUUUGUCGUAGCGCGUCCAAGUGUCCAGGGUCCGCCUCGACGGUUGGCCGUCGCGUCGUGUGCGUGCGCGAGUCCGCUUCUAUUCCGCUUGGAAUCGAGUCGGGUCGAGUCGAGUCGAGUAGAGACGCGGAGCAGCGUCGUGUCGCCUCGAGUAGAGAGACGAGUCGAGUAAAAGACGCGCGCGCGCACACACACGGCCCCAGAACGGUGGUUGGGUUCAGUUGGAUAUCGACGUUCGCAUGCACAGGGCGCGCAGCCGAAGCUCUCUUCAAGCCAGUAGCAGCAGGGUACUUUGUGGCGAGGGAUUCGCGCGCACUCUUAGUUCGCAAACGCGCGCUACGCUGACGGAAUCGCGACGGACAGGAUACGCGGCGAGACAGCAGUUCCACCGAGAAAAUCGAGAUCCGGACCGCCGAAAAAAUAGCUGUUCGAAAGAGGAGGGAGGGCCACGGGAGCCGAGCUACAUGGCUCCGAGACUCGAUCGGUUCCUUCGCCGUCCAUGCGCCUCCUGUCCACGUUCGAGCGAGCGUCGCGUCGAUCAUCAUCGGACCCACGGAUCGAAAUAAUUUUCGGUGAUAUGCGGAACGAUCGUGCCUACGACUAGCCUACCAUCGACGACUUGAACGAACGGAGGAACGACGCAGCGAACGAUGCCGAGCAGUCUGAGUCGCUGAAACCCUCGAGACCUAUGUCCGAUGAGAUUCGGAAGACCGUCAGUAUCUUCGGAAAACGAAAGCGGAGGAAAGAGAGGCGGGCGGAGUGGAACGGUGUCGCGGCAACUAGACGGAGAGGUAGAUCGACCGUUCGAGGAGCCACCGAAGGAAUGCUCCAGGACGACGCUCCUGCCGCGCGACGACGUGAAACGUGAGCUUCCUGCUGCCAGUCGUUUUCAGUGAUCGCUCCCUGUGUCCGAGUAAACGCUUCGUUCCCCGAAUCGUCGAGGAACCGACUAAUGCUCGCGCGGACGCGAACGGAAGCCCUCUCGACGCUCCCCUCGCGCCUAUCUUCCUGCGGACCCUGUCGGACCCCUGCGCUCUGUUCACGCCACCCCCGCGUUGCUGUCUCUCCCGACACGCGAUCAGGAGACAUUGAAAACCAAAAGAGAACCGGUCGAUCCUGUACCCUCUAACUAGGUCGAUCUUCCUAGAAUCAUCCCGUUCUCGCGGACCGCGCGCAAACGACCAACUCUGCACGUAUUCGUCAUCGUCGUCGUCGUUGAUUCUGUCGUCGUUCUUCGCCCGCUCUUUUCGACCGUUCCUACGCGCGAUUUUAACCGUUGAAACGAUCGAUCGACACACAGCCGAGAACAAUAAGAACAUUUGGCGAAGCGAGCGUGAGCAGGGUGGCAGAAUAGCUGGUUUGCCGGUGUUACAGGCAAGCGAGCGUCGCCUCCCGUUACCGCUGCGUUCGCAGAAAACGUGACCGUGGGCCCGCGUAAAGAGCCACGGAAUCGCGUCGCAUCCAUACAGAGAGACGGAUAACACGACGACGCCGUCCCGUCUCUCGCCACACAUGCCUUCCGCGUUAUAUCCUAAGCAAAUUUUCUAAUCGCGACACGCCGCUUCCGUCGCGGGGGCCGCCGUCUUUCGUCGAAUCCGUCUUCGUUUCCUCUUGUUGUUGUUAUCGCUGCUGUUGUUGUUCACCGUUGUUGCCGACGCGCGGACAGAACGCGCCGCCGCGACCGUUCCACUCGCCGAUCCGAGGAUCUAGGAGAGAUCCGUGCGCUAAAAGAAAAAAGAAAUAAAAUAAAAUAAAACGAGAACAAGAGGAGUCGAAGGGUUCCGUAUAAAAGCUUUGAGGAAAUUUCGUGGACACCGCGGGUGCACAGACGCGAACGAUGGUAGUGAAGAACGAGACCGCGAGGAAUGGGCACGAGCUCGCUCCCUUGAACGAGAACCGUCAGUCCGGCCAGAACGUGACGAUCGUCGUGUCCGGUUCGCAGAAUGCAGCCGGCAGCCAGGAGUCCAAGGAGGACAAUAGGGCAGCAUGGAGCGGCAAGAUGCAAUUCUUCCUCAGCAUCAUCGGGUACAGCGUGGGCCUCGGCAACAUUUGGAGGUUCCCGUACCUGUGCCAACAAAACGGCGGAGGUGCCUUUCUCAUCCCCUUUUUCGUGAUGCUAAUCCUAGAGGGUGUACCCCUGUUUCUGAUCGAGCUGGGCCUCGGUCAACGCAUGCGACAGGGUGCCCUGGGCGUGUGGAACACGAUACACCCGUGGCUAGGCGGCAUAGGCAUCGCCUCCUGCAUCGUCACCUUCUUCGUCGCUCUGUACUACAAUGUCAUCAUCACCUGGUGUUUCUUCUACCUGUUCAACUCGCUCGAGGCCGUCACGAUUAAAUUUGGCGAUCCGUUGCCGUGGGCGAAAUGUCCGGAGGUCGAUGGCAAACCGGUCGAGGAGUGCGUCAAGAGUUCCGAGACCGCUUACUUCUGGUACAGAACCACCCUGGACGCGGCGCCCUCGAUCGAGGACGGCCAGAGUCUCAAGUGGUGGAUCGUGCUUUGUCUGCUGUUGAGCUGGAUCGUCGUCUUCUUCAUCGUGAUGAAGGGAAUCCAAUCCUCGGGGAAGGUGGUAUAUUUUACAUCCAUGUUCCCGUAUUUGGUGCUUACUAUCUUUUUUAUUCGUGGAAUAACGUUAAAAGGUGCCAGCGCUGGAUUGGCCCAUAUGUACACGCCAAAGAUCGCGAAACUGUUAGAGCCGACGGUCUGGCUCGACGCAGCGACGCAGGUUUUUUACAGUUUCGGGCUAGCGUUCGGCUCGCUGAUCGCAUUCGGUUCGUACAACACCCCGGACAACAACUGCGUCCGGGACGUGAUCCUGGUCAGCACUUGUAACGCCUUCACCGCGAUUUACGCGAGCGUCGUGAUAUUCGCCAUUCUGGGCUUCAAGGCGAUGACGAACGUCGACAAGUGCCUCGCCAGCAACAAAAACAUACUGUUCGACAAUGGGCUUAUAACGUACCCGAAUAUCACCAUGGAAGAAUACGAGGACGCUGUAAGCAAGCUGAACAUGACUAUGCUCGACUUUCCGCUGGCCACUUGUAGCUUGAGCGAACAGCUGGAUAACGCUGCCGAAGGAACAGGACUGGCGUUCAUAGUGUUCACACAAGCGAUCGUCGAGCUGCCCGGCGCGCCAUUUUGGUCCUGUAUCUUCUUCAUGAUGCUGCUUGCCCUCGGUCUGGGCUCCCAGAUCGGUAUACUGGAGGGUAUGCUGUGCGUCAUCUUUGACAUCGACCUGUUCAAACGAAUAAAGAAACAGUACAUGACAGGGGUGGUUUGCACCGUCUGCUUCUUCGUCGGACUGAUCUUCUGCACCGGCGCCGGAGAGUACUGGCUGAAGAUGUUCGACAGCUUCGCAGGAACCAUAGGCCUGGUGAUGGUCGCGCUCAUGGAAAUGCUCUCGGUGGUCUUCAUCUACGGUCACGAAAAGUUCACCAAGGACAUAGAAGAGAUGACUGGGUACAGGCCGGGACCGUACUGGCAAGUCACCUGGCGGUUCCUCGCGCCUAUAAUCAUGGUGUGCAUCCUGGUCUCCAGUAUAGCGUCGAUGUUCAUCAAUAAACCUCAGUAUUCGGCGUGGGAUGCCACCAAGGGCAUAGCCGUGCUCACCAAUUAUCCCAGCUGGGUGCUGGCCAUCGCGGCGGUGAUUAUAUUAGUGAGCGUCGCGCCAAUACCGAUAGUCUUUCUCCUGAGGCGGUUCCAAUGCGUCAAGCUCGACGUAGAUAUCCAUCAGGGCAGCAUACGACGCAUCGACACUACGGUCUCUACCAAGGAAAUGAUGGGCGACGUCGAUCUGGACGAGUACCACGACAGGCUCGAGGACUUCCCGGAGGAGGACGAGGAUAUAAACAGCGACGACGACAACAACAGCGCGCCACCGAUCACGAAGAUCGUCUCGAACAAGCUUCAGGGUAAACCGUUUAAGAUGGAGGUGAUGGACUUCUGAGCCGGCAAACCGAGUUGGUGGGUCCGCAGCAGUCUUCUCUCGCGCCGUGGCCAGCAGCGACCGGCGGAAAUCGGAUGAUAGAAGAUCGACGUGAAAUGAGAUGGCGCAACGCACGAAUCGAUCGCGAACCGAUCCCGAUCGAGCGCGGGUACAACCAACAGACAGCCGGGCUGUCGGCGCUCUGUUCCGAAAGCAAUACUUCACCUUCCGAAUGCCGACUAACGGGGGGGUAGACGAUAGACGAACGAAGAGAGAGAAUCUUGUUAUUCGAAGGAUAUAAGAUUACGCGAGAAAGCCACUCAGCGGCAAGGGCAGAGAACACACUCUGUUUCAUUAAUUAAACAGAGCAGGGGGAGCGCGUUCGCACGGCUCCGCAUCGUCGAUUCGUUUGCUCAAUUAUAGGCGAGACGCGACACGUUUCCAACCGGCCUGAACGUCAUCCACGGUUCGCUCGUUCAUUUGCGAUCGUGUUCUCGAUCGCUCGGGUACGAUCGUUACGAGGACAAGUCGUUUCUUCGGUUACAAUUCAAAUCGAUCCCUUGCCGUAACUCCGCUGCUUCUAGACUCUCAUCGGGAGACACGUUUCCGCGCAUGCUAUAUGCCCGCAUUCGUACGGCAAGCGGUUUUUUAUUUCGGUCGUAACAUCGAGAAAUUCCCCCACGUUCUUUCUUUGUCGAGGAACUUUGUAGUCCGCGUUCAUGUCCCGAUGAAAACGACACGUUUCGCUCGGUCUUCCGCGUUGUCCCGAUUCAGUGGCCCAAGAUAAUGCAGGAUGCAACAGCGUCGGGGUCGGGAAAGCUGCAGCGGAACCGGAGAAAAAUAACGUGUUCGCUGCGGCUCUUCCGACCCCGCCCCCCGCCGUCGGAAGAUCGACUCGUGGACGGUGCCCAACGUUCCUAAUUGCUUCCAAACCUCAGGGGUAACAGAGAGAAAGAGAGUGAGACGUCAGGAGAGGUUGCGAGCCGCGAGAACCAAAGCUAGGGGCGAACUCGCCUGCUCGUCUAAUAGCGCUGUACGAGUAGGGAAUAGCGUACGAUAGACGGUAUCUUGUUGCGACUACGUAAUCCGUAGUGAUAGUCGGUGGAGGCGGUACAGUGUGCGAUCGCCAACUCAUCUUUCAAAAAUGUUUCACCGCCGCGCCGACGGUCCACACCUCCCUUCGAUUACCUGCAAUUUAUUCGAACAUUGUAAUUGCGUUCCGCGUUUCGCCGAUAUAAUACUAUACGUGAAAUAUUUUUGAGCGACGGUGUGGACGUCGAUGGAACCUCGGGGAUUAAUUACUUUGUAGCUUGCUUGUAUUUAGGGAACGGGGAGCUCGCGCGAAUCUCUAGACGACGGUUCCUGCGCAACGGCGGCGACCAAACGAGGGGAUGUUAUGCAUAUACGUAUACAUACUUACAUAGUUCUAUAUAGUUUGUUCACGUCGUCGGGCUUUCAGACGAACGGCAAUUCGUUCUAGACGUAAAGUUAUAUCGGUUAUCGAUCUUGUUACGGUAAAAAAACGCCGCGGUAAAAUCACCCUUAGCUCCCGAUCGAUUCCACGAACGAGCACACUGUACGCCGCCCCUCGUCCACCGAGAGUACUUCCGACUCGCUAGAAAACCAAAAAAUACAAAAAAAAAGAGAAAAAGGCAAAUAAGAGACAGAAAACCCGAUUACUUAAUGGCGAUGUUAGACCGCGAGAAGUUCCGACGAACGCGUUUCCGGGAACAGACGGGAGCGUGUCCGCCGACCGGGUCGCGGGAUUUUUAUCGCCGUACUUAAACGAGAACUAACACGAAGGCGUGGAAGGAGGACGCCUUCGGCUAUUUUCCAAAGAGCGGAACGUCCGUCGUUCGACCAGCCCGGAAACCGAAAUGAUACCUUAGACUCGCGCGAGUCAACGUUUUACAGUCCUGUCGAACGUCGUCGCGCUCUGUUUCGAUACCUAUGCGAGAACUUUAUUGUUUAUACCCUACACCACUGUAAAAAGAUGCUACUAAAACUAAGAGUUACCGAA